AAGAGGCAAAUGGCCACACACCAGCCAGUCCACAUGGCUGUUCUUCUGAGUGUUGCCUUCCCCAUCAGUGAUGAUGAUGAUGAUAAGAUUGUGGGAGGAUACACCUGCCAGAAAGGCUCUGUCCCCUACCAAGUUUCCCUGAAUUCUGGGUACCACUUCUGUGGCGGUUCCCUCAUCAACAGCCAAUGGGUUGUGUCAGCGGCUCACUGCUACAAAUCACGUAUCCAGGUGAGACUUGGGGAACACAGUCUGACUCUGAAUGAUGGUUCCGAGCAGUACAUCAAUUCAGCCAAAGUCAUCCGUCACGCCAGCUACAACUCCCGUACAUUGGACAAUGACAUCAUGCUCAUCAAGUUGGCCACACAAGCCACCCUCAACACCCGUGUCAAAGCCAUCGCUCUGCCCACCAGCUGUGUGUCCACCGGGACACAGUGUCUGAUCUCUGGCUGGGGCAACACCCUCAGCAGUGGCAGCAACAGCCCUGACCUCCUGCAGUGCCUGCAGGCUCCUGUGCUUUCCUCCAGUCAGUGCAGCAAUGCUUACCCAGGGCAAAUCACCAAAAAUAUGAUUUGUGUGGGAUUCCUGGAAGGUGGCAAGGAUUCAUGCCAGGGAGACUCUGGUGGCCCUGUCGUCUGCAAUGGGCAGCUCCAGGGAAUUGUCUCCUGGGGCAUUGGAUGUGCUCAGAGAGGCAAUCCUGGAGUAUACACCAAAGUCUGCAACUAUGUCUCGUGGAUCCAAAGCACUAUCAACUCCAACUGA